AUUUCAGACCCUCUGCUCUGUAGCUAAGGUGAAUCACUAUGAGACUGAAGGAAGGAACAAGACCACCAUGGGUAGGUCUUGGAGCUGCUGUGUGGGUUCAAAUUGCUUCGGGAAAUGGCUACACUUUCCCUCUCUAUUCUCACUCCUUGAAAUCCGUUCUGGGCUUCAACCAGCGCCAAGUUACCCUUCUUGGUGUGGCCAACGAUAUUGGUGAAAAUGUUGGCAUUCUUCCUGGUCUUGCCUGCAACAAGUUGCCUCCUUGGCUCAUCCUCUUCAUCGGUGCUUUCUUCUCUCUCAUUGGUUUCGGUUUUCUUUGGCUUGCAAUCUCUCAAACUAUUUCCUCGCCUCCUUACUUCUUGCUAUGGCUUGCCCUUGCUAUUGCCACCAACAGUUGUGCAUGGUUAUCCACUGCUGUUCUUGUAACCAACAUGAGAAAUUUCCCUGUCAGUAGAGGCACAGUUGCAGGAAUCCUGAAGGGUUAUGCGGGCCUUAGUGCUGCGGUUUUUACCGAGAUUUACAGUGUUGUUCUUCAUAAUUCUUCUCCCAAGUUCCUCUUGUUCCUUGCCAUUGGUAUUCCUGUUUUAUGCUUCAGUACAAUGUUUCUUGUUCGGCCUUGUACUCCAGCUUUGGGUGAAGAUUCUUCACAUAAAGAGCAAUUUCUUUUUAUCCAAGGUUCUAGUGUGGCCUUGGGUAUAUAUAUCCUCGUAACAACAUUACUAGGUGACUUUCUCUCUGUGAGUGAUAGUGUGUCAUAUAUUUUGUUGGCUGUGAUGGCUCUCCUUCUUAUGACUCCACUUGCUGUCCCAAUAAAGAUGACACUAAAAGCCUCUGAAUCCGAAGGUGGCAAUGACAACAUACAGCCCCUGUUAUCAUCUCCAUUAGCUAAUGCCCUUGGAAAUUUUAAUGAUGCGGAUGGUUCUUCUGAGGUGGCUAUGCUUCUGGCUGAGGGUGAAGGAGCAGUGAGGAAGGAGAGAAGGCCUAAACGAGGGGAAAAUUUUAAGUUUACUGAGGCUGUUGUAAAGGCUGAUUACUGGCUGCUGUUUUUUGUUUACUUUGUUGGUGUUGGAACUGGGGUUACUGUUCUUAAUAAUCUGGCUCAAAUUGGUAUUGCUCGUGGUGCGGAAGAUACUACUAUCUUGCUUUCACUUUUCAGCUUUUUUAAUUUUGUGGGUCGGCUUGGUGGAGGAGUUGUUUCAGAGCAUUUUGUCAGGACGAAAACGAUGCCACGGACAAUUUGGAUGACAUGCACGCAAGUGAUUAUGAUCAUCUUGUACCUUCUGUUUGCCUAUGCUAUCAAUGGAACACUUUAUCUUUCAAUUGCAGUUCUUGGUGUCUGCUAUGGCGUGCAAUUUUCCAUUGUGAUUCCCACUGUUUCAGAGCUUUUUGGGUUGAAGCACUUCGGCUUAUUGUUCAACUUCAUGUCUUUGGGGAAUCCACUUGGCGCAUUACUUUUCUCAGCCCUUCUAGCAGGGCACAUAUAUGAUAAUGAGGCAGCGAAGCAGCAUGGUGCAGGCCUCAUUGCUUCAACUGUUUCGUGUGUGGGUCCAAAUUGUUUCAAGCUCACCUUUUUAACUUUGGCUGGUGUGUGUGUUGCGGGCAUCAUCGCAAGCAUUAUCUUGACUAAAAGAAUUAAGCCCGUUUACCAAAUGCUUUAUUCUGGGGGUUCUUGCAGGGUACCUCAAACAUCAAGCCACCAACCUAGUGAAGUUGAAUAACAAAUAAAGCAGAUCACUCCUCAGUUUCUAUUCUAGACACUAGACAGACCUAUUGAGCUUGUGUUUCCUUGUCUGCCAUUACUGCAAUACAUAUAUGGCUAGUGACUGAUCAACAAUAGACAAGAAAUUUUGGCUUCAACUCGUAUAACCCUACUGGUUUAGUACAAUGAAGUUUUUUCUUUUGGUAUUUUUACCUGUAGAAUGCAUGUUUUUUAGUAUGCAGCACGGUAGUUUGUAGUUACCUUAUAACGGUUACCAAAUUAAGGUCAAUAUUCUAACAGUACGAACAGCCACUUUAUUAUUCGGCCAUGUUCUAUAAAUCU